ACCACCAUGAACUCAAAGAGCCAAUAGCGCCACCAACAAAUUAUUGACACUACAUUUGAGACAAAAAAAAACACUUAGACACAUAAUUAACCAUGUCUACCAAUGGGAGCAGCGUGAUGAUCAGCCCUGUGGUGCAAGGAAAGAUGCAGCAGGGCGUCAUGAACGGCAUGCAGAACUCUAACAUCGGCAACAGCACGAGUGUCCCUGUGUCUGGCUCCAGCUUCAAUGGCACUGCCUUCCUCAGUGGCAACUAUGCUAAUGCACCUGCACCGGCUCGGCAGGUUCCAAGUUUUUCUAUUACUGGCAUAGGAGGGAACGCAACCUUCUAAGCAGCUAGCCUCAGAUGGCAAAAGGACCAGCAUGCAUAAUUAAGCUUGAACGAACGAAUGAAUUAUGUGUGCUGCAACCAAAUAAAAAACCGCUUAAUAGCGUGUUUGUAAUAUAAUCCUAUAUAUGUAUGAUUAAAUAAAAUCAUGGGCCUAGCUGGGACUAAGCUAAAAAGGCAUUUUAAUUGAUACAUAUGGAUUAAUGGAUUAAUGGAUGUCUCA